AGAAGAAUGUCGGGACUCGAACACAACCGCCGAAUUCUGUGCCUAUAAAAAGCGCUCUCUCUUGGCCUUACGAAAAGCUCUUUUAGAGAGAGAAACUAAAACCAGCGAAUAUGGGAGGGUGUGCGACCAAGCCCAAGGUCUUGAAGGAGGCCCCGGCUCCCGAGCCGGCUAAGGACCAGAAGCCCUCGGCCGCUCCCGAGCCGCCUGUUGUUGUCGAGACGCCUGUUGUUGUCGUUGUUGGUGUUACCGAGGGUGAUGAGAAGAUUGAUGCCAAGGAGAAGGAGGUAGAGGGCGAUAAGGUCAAGGAGAUUGUUGACGAUGACAAGGUUGACGACCAAGACAGCAAGCGCCGUUCCCUCAGCAUCUUAUUCAAGGAGAAUGCAGAAGGGAAAGACUCAACAGGAGAUGGGAACCCUGCAGUGGAGACACUAAAAGAAGAACCCCCGGUGAAUGUAAAACCUACAUAUGAAUCUGAAACAACGGUUUUAGAGGUUGAAAAAACUGUAAUUCCGGUUGAACAGACCCCUGUCCCUGAAGUUGUUGAUGCUCAAAAGCCUGAAACUCCAGUUCAACAGAGUACUCCUGUCUCAGAAGUUGUUGAUGCUCAAAAGUCUGAAACUCCAGUUCAACUCUCAGAAGUUGUAUAUGCUCCUGAAAAGGCCGAACCGGAGAAAACGACUGAAAGUACUGCAGCAGCUGAAAAUAAAACAGAAGUCCCAGAUGUUGUUGCCGAGGAUCAUACCAAGACUGAAAGACACAAGGCAGUUGAAGCCGUAGAAACGACGUCCGAGGAAAAGAAAACAGAAGCACUGGAUGUUGGCAGUGGUAAAGAGGAGGCGAAAGCACACAAGGCAAUUGAAGCUGAAGUAGAUACUACAGAGACACACAAUUAUGGCACGUCUGAAGAAAAGAAAACAGAAGCAAAGGGUAGGGCUGAAGAGAAAGCCAAUGUGUGAUAGGAGGGUCUUCAAAGAUCCAUGUUAGGCAGGACUUGAAGUGAUGCAUAUUUGUCUGUUUAUUCUACGGGGAAGGUUGCAGGAAACCAAGGAUCGUUCGCUGCUUCAUGGCAACUUAUUUAUUUAGAGGAGUUGUUUCCUUCACUUUGUUACAUGUCAUUUUUCUUUUCAUUUGUUCUUUGUUUUUUGUUUUUUUCAUAUAUUUUUCUUUUUUUUUUUUUUUUUUCGUUUUUCAUUUUUCCUCUAUAGAGAUAUGGGACUGUUAGGUUAUAUGUUCGAGUAUAGAUUGUUUUUUCUGCACUAUUUUCACAUGUCUGCUAUUCCUUUCUUCGUUUAUCUUCCUGCAUCUUGGAACUCGAAAGAGCUUGUAAAAGGGAGACUUGGAAUUGUAACCAUUUAGUGAGAAUAAUAACCAUAUGAGUUAAUUAGUUACAAA